AUGCGUGGUCAAUCCAACCAUCUAGCGAAAUCGAGACCCUCCGAUUAUUUUUGGAAGAAAGCCACUGGCGCUACAAUCAAGACUGCUAGCACCAAUGGUGAAGUAUCUGCGGAACGCAACGAAGUCUGGCUCGACGCUUUCGCUCCUGCUAUCAGUGAUAGUGAAGAUGAAUCAGUCAUGAAACCCAAGAAAACACGUACCAAACCCAAGAAAAACGUACGAUUCACUAGAUUCAGGCGAAUUGCUUUCAAAGCGUUUACCCCAAGAUCUGAUGGUACGAGCCACAAGAAUAAUAUUGUGACCACCACAGAGAUCAUUCAUCGAGAAGAAAAAAUUGAAGAUUUCGAACAGGAUGACUCGAGUGAUCCAAAGGACAAUAAACGGACGACGAUCUUAAAUUCAUUGAAAUUCAAGUCCAGUGGCACCAAGACGCAAGUCAAGAAAAUGGUUGCUGUACUGAAGGUGCGAAUCAGUGCUUCCAGCCCUCCUGAAAAACACCCAAAGACAUGGGAUGAAUAUCAUCGUUACUAUGCGAACGAAGAGAUUGAUGUUUUUAACCCGCCGUUGCCACCCAUGGCACCAGAAAUACCGGAUGGAUCUCCAUCCGCAUUCGAAUCUAAAUUUUAUUCAGCACCAGAACCAGGUAAUGAAAAAAUGCGGCAACUGACGCUUAACCGACUAGGUAUCUAUGGGGGAAAUCCGUACGACACAACAGAAGAGGGUUUGGCAAAGUGGAAAGCAAGAGUCGAGGCCGGUGAAAAACUGAUGGCUGAUGGAAAAGCCCCUUCAAGUCUCGAUUCCGCCUGGGAACGUCCCACUUCCCGUUGCAGUGAUGAUCGUGGUGUUGAUCUUUUUGAGGAAUCAGUCAUUGCCAGUGGAAUGAAGAGUGUUCCAUCACCGCCUGUAACUUUGGAGCAACAUCCCGUUCUAAGAAAAAUUGUCAAUGAGUGUCGUCAGCUCUUUAGCACAUCGAUUUGCCUUCUAUCGGUGCUUGACGACGAUCGCCAGGUAUUUUUAGCAGCCUCUGGUUUGACUGAAGUGGGCCUCCCAGAGAUGCGAGAUAUUCCAAAAGAAAUCAGUUUUUGCGCACAUACCAUCCUCAGUGGUCGCAAGGGUUUUGCUGUCCUCGAUUCUCACAAGGAUUGGAGAUUUGAAAACGGUCCGUUGGUGCAGAACUAUGGAGUGAGGUUUUACGCUGGGGUCCCAUUGAUGGCACCUAACCUUGAUAAAAGUCAAAAAUCUGAAGAAAAAACGUGCCCGAUUGGUACCUUGUGCAUCAUGGAUUUUGCCCCUCGAGAAAAUUUCAACGUGGAUGACCGAAAGAGGCUGGUUUAUCUUUCUGAAUACGCAAGAAGGGAAAUCGAAAAAUGGUUCGCAAGAAAGAUGGAUCAAAAGAUGGAGAACCUCACUGCCGUCCAAGAAACUUGGUGCCAUGAGUUGAGACUUGUGUCCAGAUCACCAAUCCGAGAGGACGACUCACUGCAAUCUGAAGUACUGGCCGAUAUCUCAAGCACCCAAACCGUCAUACCAUCAUCCAGUCGAUCCAUUUUCCGAAGAUUCAACAGUGUUAGCUCAAUAUCGAGCGCAUCCACUGCACCAUCAUCUCACAAAGCCCCAUCAUUUCAAUCGCCUAUGAACGCUGGUUUCGGUCUAUUCGAUGACAUUCAUGCGGCUUUAACUCCGAAGAUGCGGAAAGUCUUUGAUCUUGCGACUAACUUGAUUGGACAGACCUUAGAUUUUUCUCUGGUAUGUCUAGUAGCUGUAGUUCCUGCUAGCGUAUCAAAUGGAUCGGCUCGAACGAUGAUACUUUCAGGGUACAACAUUCCGUCACCGGUCCCAGUGAUUGACGGCAAUCUGUGUCUCCGUGCAUUAAGAGCACCUCAAGGCGGCCUUUUAUACCAAAACCCCACUGCAGAAGAAUCUGAAAAAGCUGGCUUACGGUUCCAAAGCACUGGUGUUAAGCCGUGUGCAUCCGCGAUGAUACUGGCUAUUGGAACAGAAGCUUACCACAACUCCGGCGGGUUCAUUCUAUCUGGAUACACCGAUGAUCCCAAGAAGGUAUUCGGAGCAGAAGACGUACUUUUCAUGAACAAAUUUGCUCAAGAAUUGUCGAACUACACUUCAAAGAUACAGCUCUGAAUCAAUGAAUGCACUUCAUCUUACGUCCUCCAUAAACCUGCAUAAUUCAGAUCUAAUGAUCACCCCAAAGAUCCCAUCAAUGGUCCCGUCAAUUUUCAUUAUUAUCAGCUUGUGCAAUGAUGGCUCCCAACUUUG